ACCACCACCACCAAUGGCCGAGCACCGCCACGACCAAGAGCAGCGCUUCCAACAACAGCAGCAGCAACACCGCGGCGGCCCCACCGACCUCACCAAAUCCCUCCUCCACGAGAAGCGCCCCUCCAAGUCCCAGGUCCUCGCCGUGGUCACCCUCCUCCCCGCCGGCGGCCUCCUCCUCCUCCUCUCCGGCCUCACCCUCGCCGGCACCCUCGUCGGCCUCGCCCUCACCACCCCGAUCUUCGUCAUCUGCAGCCCCGUCAUCGUCCCCGCCGCGCUCACCCUCGCCCUGGCCGUGGCCGGCUUCCUAGCCUCGGGCGCAUUCGGGGUGACGGCGCUGUCGUCGUUCUCGUGGGCCGUGAACUGCGUCCGCCGUAGCGGGAUGCUGCCGGGGCCGCUGGAUCAGGCGGCGCGGCGAGUGCAAGAGGCGACGGGGCAGAUCGGGCAGAAGGCUAGGGAGGUGGGGCAGAGGGCUCAGGAAGUUGGUGGCACCGGUGGGCGGUCGUGAGUUUUGAAGCUAGCGGUCCUGCAUGGAGCCGUGGCCCAUCUGUGCAUGGAUGCUAUGCUAUGGUCAUGCCAUAUGAUUUUAUGGGUUAAUUGUGUUUGUAAUGGCUCUACAGUUUUCUGGGUUUAGGGUUAUUCUGAAGAGGAUUAUGGUGUACUUCAACGUAAUAAGGUGGUUAAAUAGUUACAUAAGAAUGC